UAAUUAUAAAUACUGUCAUUUUCACAUUUAAUCAUCCAUAAAAAAUUAGAAAAAAAAAUAGCAAAAUUUCAGUAAAAAUUGUUCAGAAAAAAAUAAAAAAUGCCAAUUAAAAGUGUGUAUGCCAGACAAGUGAUCAAUUCAAGUGGACAACCUACCGUGGAAGUUGAUUUGGUAACAGAUCUCGGACUUUUCCGUGCUGCGGUAUCAUCCGAAGAACCAAACGAUAAAAUCGCCACACAUUUAAAAGACGGAGAACCCCGAAAUUUUUACGGAAUAAGUGUUUUAAAAGCAGUUACCAACGUAAAUCAAAGCAUUGGUCCCGCCUUAGUAAAGCAAGGAUAUGAAGUGACCCAACAACGCCAAAUUGACGAGUUGAUGAUUAAACUAGAUGGGACGGAAAACAAGUCGAAUUUCGGCGCCAAUGCCAUUUUAGGUGUUUCGAUGGCAGUGGCCAAAGCGGGUGCCGCCAAACGAGGUAUUCCACUAUACAAACAUCUGGCGGACCUUUCGGGAAAUCGACAAUUGAUUAUACCAACACCGGCAUUUAGUGUAAUUGCCGGUGGAAUUCUAAGCAGCAAUAAAGUGGCUAUGCAAGAUAUUAUGAUUCUACCGACAGGUGCUCACACCUUCGCCGAGGCGUUAAAAAUGGGCGCCGAAGUGAGAGAAACUCUGAAAGGAAUUAUUGGACAGAAAUUUGGAAAAGACGCGACGGCCGUGAAUGCUAAAGGUGCAUUUGUGCCAAAUUUUCCGAAUGAUAAGGAUGCACUCAAGUGUAUUGUUGAUGCGAUUGGUAAAGCCGGUUAUACAGGUCGCGUUGAAUUAGCCUUAGAUUGUGCAGCGACCACCUGGUAUAAACAAGGCAAGUACGAUUUGAACUACAAGAAUCCAAAAUCGGACAAAGCGAAAUGGUUACUCGGUAGCAAACUGCAAGACACGUAUUACCGGGACCUUAUGAAGACUUUUCCAAUUGUAUCACUCGAAGACCCGUUUAUUGUAGAUGAUAUUGUGUCGUGGAAUAAAAUGUUGCAAGCAUAUCCGUCAUUACAAAUUGUAGGCGACACUCUCACGCUUAUGAAUCAAACGAAGAUACAAGAGGUAGCAGAUAAAAAAGCUUGCAACUGUGUACUUAUAAAGCUAAACCAAAUUGGGACUGUAACCGAGACGAUUGAUGCGCAUUUGAUUGCUAAGCAGAAUGGAGUCGGCAGCAUGGUAGCACACGGUUUACACGAUACAGCCGAUUCUUUUAUUGCUGAUCUUGCCGUCGGACUUGCUACUGGACAAAUUAAAACAGGGGGACUUUGCAAAUCUGAAUGUGUCGCGAAAUAUAAUCAAAUCUUGCGAAUUGAGGAAGAACUUGCUUCUAAUGCUAAAUAUGCUGGUAGAGCAUUUCGUUGUCCAGUAUGAUACCAAUGCAUAGUACAAAUAAAUAAACACUACAUUCAA